GAGAAAAAAAAGGAUCCGGGAGCCAGGGCCGAAAUGAGUUUGGAAUCCUUGUUUCAGCAUAUCAUCUUCUCCGAGCAUCGGGCCGAGGAGAGUCGCCGCUUGAUGCGAGAAGUCAGGUCGGAAAUAAACAGAUGUCGUGAAAAAAUUAAGAAAGCAACAGAGGAGCUGAAUGAAGAGAAAAUCAAGUUGGAAUCUAAGGUUCAGCAGUUUUCUGAAAAAUCCUUCCUCCUACAGCUUUUGAAAACUCAUGAAAAUGCGUUAGAGAGACAGUGCAGUGAAAUUACAAACCAGAGGAAUAUGCUUCUCCAAACCUUUGAGGCUACUAAGGAAAAAAUGAAGGAGGAGGAGGAAAAAUUUAUUAAGGAAAUUACAGACUUCAAUAAUGAGUAUGAAAUAACAAAGAAAAGAGAGCUUUUGAUGAAAGAAAAUGUCAAGGUGGAAAUCUCUGACUUAGAAAACCAGGCAAACAUUUUGAAAAGGGAAAUGAAGUCCAUGGAACAUGACAGUGGCCCAUUAAAUGAACUUCAACAACAGAAGAGUAAAUUGAUGCAAGAACUGUUUACUCUGCAGAGAAAACUUAAAGUUUUUGAAGAUAAAAAGAAUGAAGCCAUCUGUACUACCAAAUACCUAGAGGCAGAAAAAAUCAAAAUCAGUGAAAAGCCCCAAAGUGAUGCUGAAUGCUUAAGACUUAAAAAAGAAUUAGAACUUUAUAAGGAGGAUGACAUGCAAAGCGUUUAUGAAGCUCUCCAAACGGAAAUAGAAUUUUUGGAGUUGUUAAACAUCAAAUGUGAGAUGUUUGCAAAUGCCUCGUACCUGCUGACGUUAAAGGAGACCCGCAUCUCCUACGCCACCCCCACUCAGGCCCCUUCGCUCCACCCCGACCACCUGUCAGACAGCAGCCUCUUCCCCAGGUCCCUGCCUCCCACGUUCCAGCAGCUGCAGCGGCGGGAACCAGGCGCACCUCUGUGCGUCGGGAGCGGCAGUGCCCAGGUCGCCCCCUGGGAGAGAGACCCAGUGCCCAUCACUGUCUUACGGCCGAAAGUAGAAGUGUGUGGAAGGAUUUGA